CAGAGCCACGCUCAGAGGAUCCAUCAGAGACUGAAACCAGAACCAGAACCAGAACCCAGCUGUGUGUCCUUUAAGAGCGACAUGUCAAAGGUUCUUCCUUUGACCUUCAAACCUUCUGGACCUGCAUCCUCAGAGAGAGUGGACCAGCAGAACUCAGAGGUUCCCAGAGGUCCGUCUGCCCGGCAGCAUCAAACCCAGCUGGACUCCAUAUUUAUGCUGCUGGAGGACAACAUUGUUACUUUUGUGAAGAAGGAGCUAAAGAAGAUCCAGAAGGUUCUGGAUGACCCAGACUGCUCAGAGAGUCAGAGAGAUGACGAGGAGGUGAUGGAAGGUGAGGAUGAAGAGCAGAGGAGCAGCAGCAGAGAGGCACUGAUGAAGAUCACUCUGAACUUCCUGAGGAGGAUGAAGCAGGAGGAGCUGGCUGACCAUCUGGAGAGCAGGUCACGAGCAGGGUCACUUUUUCAACAUAAACUUAAAUCUGGUCUGAAGAAAAAGUUCCAGUGUGUGUUUGAGGGGAUCGCAAAAGCAGGAAGUCCAACGCUUCUGAACCAGAUCUACACAGAGCUCUACAUCACAGAGGGAGGGACUGGAGAGGUCAAUGAUGAACAUGAGGUCAGACAGAUUGAAACAGCAUCCAGGAAACCACACAGACCAGAAACAACCAUCAGACAAGAAGACAUCUUUAAAGUCCCACCUGGAAGAGAUCAACCAAUCAGAACAGUGAUGACAAAGGGAGUGGCUGGCAUUGGGAAAACAGUCUUAACCCAGAAGUUCACUCUGGACUGGGCUGAAGACAAAGCCCACCAGAACAUCCACUUCAUAUUUCCAUUCACCUUCAGAGAGCUGAAUGUGCUGAAAGAGAAAAAGUUCAGCUUGGUGGACCUUGUUCAUCACUUCUUUACUGAAACCAAAGGAAUCUGCAGCUUUGAACACUUCCAGGUUCUGUUCAUCUUUGAUGGUCUGGAUGAGAGUCGACUUUCUCUGGACUUCCAGAACCAGGAGAUCCUGACUGAUGCUACAGAGUCCACCUCAGUGGAUGUUCUGCUGACAAACCUCAUCAGGGGGAAACUGCUUCCCUCUGCUCUCCUCUGGAUAACCACACGACCUGCAGCAGCCAAUCAGAUCCCUCCUGAGUGUGUUGGCAUGGUGACAGAGGUCAGAGGGUUCACUGACCCACAGAAGGAGGAGUACUUCAGGAAGAGAUUCAGAGAUGAGAAGCAGGCCAGGAGGAUCAUCUCCCACAUGAAGACAUCAAGAAGUCUCCACAUCAUGUGCCACAUCCCAGUCUUCUGCUGGAUCACUGCUACGGUUCUGGAGGAUGUGUUGGAGACCAGAGAGGGAGGAGAGCUGCCCAGCACCCUGACUGAGAUGUACAUCCACUUCCUGGUGAUUCAGACCAAAGUGAAGAAAGUCAAGUAUGAUGGAGGAGCUGAAACAGAUCAACUCUGGAGUCCAGAGAGCAGGAAGAUGAUUGAGUCUCUGGGAAAACUGGCUUUUGAUCAGCUGCAGAAAGGAAACCUGAUCUUCUAUGAAUCAGACCUGAAAGAGUGUGGUAUCGAUAUCAGAGCAGCCUCAGUGUACUCAGGAGUGUUUACUCAGAUCUUUAUAGAGGAGAGAGGGCUGUACCAGGACAAGGUGUUCUGCUUCGUCCAUCUGAGUGUUCAGGAGUUUCUGGCUGCUUUUCAUGUUCAUCUGACCUUCAUCGCCUCUGGUGUCAACCUAAUGGAAGAAACAGAAAAAGUAUCUAAGAAGUCUGAACCAAAGUCUCUUCACCAGACAGCUGUUGAUCAGGCCUUACAGAGUCCAAAUGGACACCUGGACUUGUUCCUCCGGUUCCUCCUGGGAUUUUCACUGCAGACCAAUCAGAGACUCCUACAAGGUCUGCUGACACAGACAGGAAGUAGCUCACAUACCAAUCAGGAAACAGUUCAGUACAUCAAGAAGAAGAUCAGUGAGAAUGUGUCUGCAGAGAAAAGCAUCAAUCUGUUCCACUGUCUGAAUGAACUGAAGGAUCGUUCUCUAGUGGAGGAGAUCCAACAGUCUCUAAGAUCAGGAAGUCUCUCCACAGAUAAACUGUCUCCUGCUCAGUGGUCAACUCUGAUCUUCAUCUUAGUGUCAUCAGCAGAAGAUCUGGAUGUGUUUGACCUGAAGAAAUUCUCUGCUUCAGAGGAGGUUCUUCUGAAGCUGCUGCCAGUGGUUAAAGCCUCCAACAAAGCUCUACUCAGUGGCUGUAACCUCUCAGAGAGAAGUUGUGAAGCUCUUUCCUCAGUUCUCAGCUCCCAGUCCUCCAGACUUAGAGAACUGGACCUGAGUAACAACGAUUUGCAGGAUUCAGGAGUGAAGCUUCUCUCUGCUGGACUGGAGAGUCCAAACUGCAAACUGGAAACUCUCAGGUACAAUGAUCUCAAUCCUGUAGAAACUAGAUUUCUGGCUAUUACCUACGCUGAGAUUAUCUAA